UUCCCCACUAUGGCAUGACGCUGUCCCUCAAAGUCAAGUCAAAGCUUAACAGUAAAGAUCUUCUGGCCAACUUCCCAGUGCAGCUUAACUGAGAUGUUAAUCACAUUUGCAACGUUUACAAUUGACACUGACCAAUAUCACUCCACAGUAACACUUCAAUAACCAGUGCCAAUUACUGAAUGACAUUGUCAAGUUUGAUAGAUUCGCUACACUUCCAAAUAAAUGGCAUAAUGAUUUGACUGCAAGGACAGUACCUUUUAUUGAAAGCUACACGUUUUUACUUGACUGCUACACAAUGACAAAUAUUUUGAUACAGUUUUCCUAUUAAUACUUUCUUAAAACCCAUCAAAUGCUGUGAAAAGCAGCCCAAAGUUUUGCAGACCUCACAAAGCUAAUUUUUCCAGCCCAACGCCCAAUCUGGCAACACUAUCUGGCAGUUGUCCCUGGGUUUGUGGGAAAUUCCAUCUUCCUUAUAUGGACAUCCUCCACAUCUCAGCAGCAGGUUUUUUCUUUCCUGCCAGAAAGAGAAUCAACGGUCAUUGGCAGAACAAACCAAGGAUUCGGUUGCCGAAAAAUGAAAGCGAAAGUGGCACAGCCAGUGAAAGUGAACCUGUCUCACACUUUCUAAGUAGUGACUGAUGCCUUUAGAAAGCAGAUGUGUGGAGCAGCAGAGUGCAGAAUAAGACAGAAAAAUUAGUUGCAAUGAGGAAAAGACAGGAAAACAUGGUGGUGCUUUAUUUUGCCAGGAACAAGGUGGAGCCGUAUGUUGAGAUCGUCACAGUGAAGGACUCAAAGCGUAGCGUGAGUCUGUGCAACUCAGUGGAGUCUGAGCCAGAGAGUGAGUACCAGGAGACGGAGGAUGCACUCCCUGUCCUGAAACAUGAGAGCCAGCUGCUAGAUGAUUAUCACCUCCAGAAGCUUGCUGCUCACAUGCCUCCAAAGGCCCAGUGUUAUCCGUGGCAGCUGGUGUACAGCACCGCCAUCCAUGGAACAAGCCUGAGGACUCUCUACAGAAACAUGGCUGGUCUGGACAGCCCUGUGCUGCUGGUCAUCAAAGACAUGCACAAAAAGGUUUUUGGGGCUUUUUGUUCGGAUCCACUAAGAGUCAGCAAAUAUUUCUACGGCACUGGCGAGACCUUCUUGUUCAGCUUCAGCCCCGACUUCCAGCAUUACAGGUGGAGCGGGGAGAACUCCUACUUUGUGAGCGGCAAUUGGGAAUCCCUGCAGAUUGGAGGAGGAGGGGGGUGCUUUGCUCUCUGGCUGGAUGCUGAUUUGUACCACGGUGCAAGCUUCUCCUGCCCCACCUUCCACAACGCUCCUCUUUCCACACAUGAAGAUUUUACUGUUCUGGAUGUUGAAGUCUGGACUGUGCCGAUCUGAAAGGCAACUUCAAACAAACGUGGUUUCUCCAGUGAAGUAAAGACGCUCCAAACUGAAUGCUGUGUCCGGACAGAGCCUUAGCUCGCUGCACCAGGAUCAGAGCAUCCCACGUACUGUUCAAAGCCAGUUAGGCUGGCUCUGCAAACUCGCUUGGUGGUCGGUUGAAAUAUGACCUUUAGAGACAAGAGGAAACAUGAACAGCUCAUUGCAAAGCUGGUAAAGAGACGGUUGGAAGCUUUGUACAGGCAGUGGCCUGCUUUAACUGUGUAAAAAAAUCACAGCACAACUUGUUUUGUUAAAUAGUUUUCAAACUUUUAAGUUUUAUAUAGAUUUGUAUUUAACAGAACUUAUGUUCUUAAGUAAAAUAAUUUAUUUUAUGGUACUGGCACUGUAAUAGAAUUGGACCUAAAGCUCUGUAUAUGAGGAAGUGAGAAGCAAAUAAAUCAGGUGGAGAACGUACAAUGAAACUGUAAUGACAGGACCUUGUGGCAUUUAUGAGGAAGCAAAUCUUAGUUGUUAAUGGUCUUCUCUAUUUUCCUCAAUUUCCUAUGUCUUUGUCUAAGAUUUUUAUUCUCAGGGAAAUGGGUAUUUUUGCAAUUUUACAACAUUUCAAAUAAAUAGAUUUGUAUUUA